AAUUAUUUCACUGGAUACAUCCAUUAAGUAACAUGACAGAAAAGAAUGAAGAUAAUACCGAGAACGAUAACAAUAUUGACAGGAUAAAACUAGUAGCUGACAAGAAAACUUUUUUGGAAAAACAGUAUCUUCAGGUUCAAAGAGAAAUUAAAGUAUCCUUUGCUCGUUUGGCACAAACAUUAUAUGCUAGAGAGAAACAACUUUUACGACAAUCAGAGGCAAUUUACAGACAACAAAUAUCUUUGGCAUUAUCUAGCCAAGAAACUCUUCCUCCAUCUAUAGCAAUACUAGAUGAGAGAAAUAUACUUGAAGAACAAAUCAAACAAUUUGGAAGAAUAGAGCUGACAGGUUCAAACUCGACAGCUAUAACUAAUUUAGAACCCUAUCAAAUUCAGGAAUACCAGGACAUUAAUAAAGACCAUGUCAGCUUUGACAAGUCCAUUAAAAUUUCAGAAAUUAUUUCUUCGAAUACAAACAUGGAAUUUUCUUCUAUGGCAGAAGACAGAAAGAUGGAAAAUAUUUGUAAUGAAUUAAAGACUUUUAGUGUAACAAACUUAACAGAUAAAUUGAGUAAUAUUACCGAUUUCCAAGAAAAAGAUUCUGAAAACAUGCUUGACCAGUCAUCAAACGCAAACUUAGAAUUUCAAAUAAACGAUUUUAAUCUACAAAAUGUUAGUAUUGAUCAACAAGACGAUGGCAAAUGUUUCAAAAAUUCAAUAAGAAACAUUGUGGAAGAACAACACAAUUCUUAUGAACUCCCAGAACAAGUUCAACAGUGGUUAGACCAGAUUGUUCUGGAAACUGAAAUAGAACCAACCAUUCAUGAAGUAGAAAAGCUACCUGAAAUAUCAGAGACGUGUGUCUACACAAAUCUCCAAUUAGAAACAUAAAAUAAAUAUUUUUAUUUAACCGACCAACCCACCAUAAAGUUUUGUAUAAUCUAUUUAUUCUUUAUUCUUCUAGAGAUAAAAGAUAUCUCUUCUUGGGAUCAAAUCUUUCAUCAUAAUUGAAUAGCUCAUAUUCAUUUUUUUCCAUGCAUUUGAUUAUAUAUUUAUUUAUUUAUAUUAUUGUUAAUCUAAUAUUAAUUAAUUACGGAAUGUUCGUCUUAGUAAUUAAGGAUCAAUAUUAUCAAUUAUCAAGAAGAUUGUAAUACUGUCAGUAUUGGGAAGCUAUUAAUCUUAAGGAUUUUCAAAAGGAACACACUUUAUUAAUUAUUAAUAAUGAUUUUAAUACCCGUGAUGGAAAAAGUAAUAAUAAUAAUUCAGUGUUAUUUUACGAAUGUUAAUAUGCAUAAACAGUGAUAUUAAAACGAGUUUAAACAUGUUAAUUAUAUCGAAAUAUUAAUGAUACUAUGAUAUUUUUUAAUUAAUGAAAACUAAUUAAACGAUAAUCAAAUAUGAUCAAUAUUUGUAGUUACAAUUUAAAUUUUCUCCGCUAACCAGUAAUUGGAAGCUUUUUAAUUUUCUACUGUUUUUUCUAAUUAUUUUUAAACAUUUUUUUAUAAAUAUUUUAAUAAAAAAAAUAAAGAUUAAUGCAGCUAUGAAUUUUUUUUCACAGAAUUCAAGUAACUGACAAAGACAGUAAAAAUUAACGUAUUAGUUGGGUGUUAAUCGGUUAGUUCUCUAUGUAUUCCUUAACCCCUUAUUGCCUGAUAUAUUAUAUACUUGUGAUAUUUCUAUUAUGUACAAAAAUUGUUAUAGUACGAAUUAAAACUUACUUAGUAAAUAUAAAUACAUAAAAGCAAUUCGACCCUGAGACAUAUUUGUACUCUAUGUUUAAAAAAAAAAAAAAAAAAUGAGUACAUAUUUAUUUGCUUUCCUUUAACUUCUUAUAUUUUCAUAGUGUUAAUAAAUAAAUUAAAGCAUUAAAGGGUUAAUUAUUGGCUUAUAUUUGUACAGUAAUUAAUCUUCUUGUAUUGCUUUCUUUGGAGUUACUUGUAUUAAACCAUUGGAUGAUUCGUUUUGAUUAUUGA